UUUGCCUCUUGGCUUUCCCUAAUCCUCAUUCUCUCUCUCCUCACUUGGGACCCCUCCUGCCCUGCCCUGCCCUGCCGUCGUCUUCCCCUGCCUCACUCUAAUCCCCUUCGCCGCCGCUCUCCCUGCCGGUCUCCGUGCUCCCCACCCCGCCCACGCCUUGUCGGAUUGGUCGGGUCGGGUACUUGGGUCAGGCCGCGCGGGGCGGCGACGGCCGAUGGCGGAGCUCGUGGGGCCGCGCGUCUACAGCUGCUGCAACUGCCGGAACCACGUCUGCCUCCACGACGACAUCAUCUCCAAGGCAUUUCAGGGGAGGAAUGGCCGCGCCUUUCUGUUCUCUCAUGCCAUGAACGUAGUUGUGGGGGCAAAGGAGGAUAGGCAGCUUAUGACAGGGCUACACACAGUUGCUGAUAUCUACUGUAAUGAUUGCCGAGAGGUGCUGGGCUGGAAGUAUGAGAGAGCGUACGAGGAGACACAGAAAUACAAGGAAGGAAAAUUCAUAUUUGAGAAGUCAAAGAUUAUCAAAGAGAACUGGUAGUAUCCAAGACUUGACACACCAAACGGUUUCGCUGAAGAUAAAAUGGUCAUUAUGUGUGCUGUUGAAUGUUUGUGUCCAUGUAAAUAGCCGUUCUCCAUGGGGUCCAUUCCUAAGGCUUCAUGUUGUUGCCUCAGGGACAU